AAAAUAUGGCACCAGCAGAGACAAUGGGAGAGAGAUGUAACACACUGACAUGCACAGAGUUUUCUGUCACUGAAAACUAACAGCUGAGCACAUGUCGGACUCAUGGAGUAGAUUCACUCUCUACACCGCACAAUGGAUACAAAGACGGACACAACAGAUGACAACAACAUAGAAGGGAUGAAGAUGGAGAUAGAGAAUAAGCAAAUGAUGAAUAAUGACUUUUCUGCCAAACUAUCGGACGAGACGUACCAACACCUGACGAUCGGUGAGGGGCCCUCCAGCAGCUGCAGGAAAGUCAGACUGAGAUCCAGACCCAGACUCCAGUUGGCAAUGAGCUUCCCGCCUUACAGCCAGUGUAUAGGUGGACUCGGAGACGACGGAGAGUGGGACAAUGAGCUCAAUUCAGAAGAAAGCAUUCCUCACCAGCAGCAUCUCAGACAUGAUGAGGCUGUUCAAGCCACAGAAAGGAAAGAAGAUGCAGAACCGACUACAAAGUGUGCAAGGGAUGAAGUGAGGGCAAAAUGGAGGACGAGGAGGAAGGAGAAGUUAGGGGGGAGCUGUGAAGCUGACACAGACAGAGACAGGGAGAAAGGAAGGUGGAGCGGGAAAAGAAGAGUGGAGGAGACUGGAGGAGAAAGGGAGCCUGAUCAUAAGGGAAGGGAUGGGGGAACAAGCAGUGACUGGAAACACUGGAGAAAUAGAAACUCAAGUUUUGAGUCAGAGAGAAAAGAAGAGGGGGGUGAAGAGAGGAAGAGAUCGACUUCAGUAGCAGAGGGAGAGGACGAGGAUAGCGGGGAAACCCUUGAGGGGAAGAAUGAAGAAGCUGAGGAGCUGAGAGGGGCCUCCACAACACAUCAGUGGUCCUCCCCACAUCCAAUCCUCUCAAAGCUUCUUCACUCAUCCUCCUCCACCUCCUCCUGCUCCUCCAUCAACCUCUCCUCAGCAGAGAGUGAUGAGGUCUUCAGCGAAGGAGAGGAUGCUGGCAAAAAGAGGAAGGCGUUCAGGAAGUGUCGCUCCUGGAGAACAUACCUGACCAUGAUGCACUGGUCGCUGCGGCGGCAGAGCUCCUGGGUCCAGCUGGCUGGACAUCAAGGUAACUUCCAGCUGAGUGAGGGAGGGGAGGUGCUGAAACUGUACAAUGAGGUGGAAGCAAACUGCCUGGACUGCCUGAUGAGAGACUCGCUGAGACCCUUUGUCCCACAGUACCAUGGCAUGGUCACUAGGGGGGAGCACAGCUACAUCCGACUGGAGGACCUGCUGAGCGGCCUGAGGAGACCUGUUAUCAUGGACUGCAAAAUGGGAGUCAGGACAUACCAGGAGGAGGAACUGGCCAAAGCUCGGACCAAAGCCACCCUGCGAAGCGACAUGUACCAAAAGAUGCUGAAAGUAGACCCGUCAGCUCCAUCAGCAGAGGAACAUGCACAGAAAGGUGUGACCAAGUGGCGUUACCUUCAGUGGAGGGAUACAACCAGUUCUACAUCGACACUGGGCUUCAGGAUAGAAGGCAUCAUGAUGGAGGACGGAAGUGUCAAGCGGGACUUCCGAAAAAUUCUGACCUUGGCCCAAGUCACAGAGGCGUUGCUCUACUUCACCAGGAGUGAGCUGGACAUCCUGAAAGCAUACCACUCCAGACUCCUGGCCCUGAGUGAUGCACUAAUGAAUUCAUCAUUUUUCAGAACCCAUGAGGUGAUUGGCAGCUCGCUUCUCUUUGUCCACGACCAUAGCAGCAAGGCCAGUGUGUGGAUGAUAGACUUUGGGAAGACGAUCCCUGUGCCUGACACGAGCAAGCUCCAACACAACGUCCCGUGGGCUGAGGGGAGCAGGGAGGACGGCUACCUCAUAGGCCUGACCUCCCUCAUCACUUCUCUGAGCCAGGCCAUCAGUGUGGUCUCCUGGCAACAGGAGGACAAUGGUGGAGAUGAGAAGAGUUUUACAUGAAGCAGACUGAGGGUUGUGGUUGAGACGCCCCUUAAAGAAAACUCAAACUCAGGAGCAGGUGGAUGAAACGGAUGCUGUUACACAUUAAACUGUUGCCUCAUUUCAUUCACUGGAAGAGACAACAGAGGAGGAAUCUGUCUUCACAGGCUGAAGAAGAACAAGGGAGUAAUAUUCAGCUAAAAUCAUAGAAAAUGUGAUGUGGUACAUCUGGCAUGUACAUUGUGUAACAGUGGAGACGGUGCUGGUGUUAUGGACUCAAAGGAUUUAAGCUUUACAUGACCUUUUUCCCUUUCCUUGCUGUUUUUUUUUUUUUUUUUUAUCAUUUGUAAAGGGUCAAAAAUCCAAAGAUGUCCGUCCUGUACAUGUUGAUGCUUUACCACAACGCUGGUGUUUUUUUGUUUGUUUUUUUCAUUGGGUUGGUCUGUGAAAACUCAAAUAUCUCACCUGUGUUGCAACACAUGAUAAGCUCAUUUGUUUAUAGCAGCAAAGGAAACUCAUAAUGAAUCAUGCCUAUAAAAAGACACCUGAAACACGAAUGAAGAUAUAUUGGUUAAACAGAUGUGAUAUUACUAUCAGGGUUUUGAAUUAUUUACAUAUGAUGCAGCUGAAAUGUUAUGCUUUCCUUGUCUUAUAGGCUGAAUACAGCUUAUGAUACAAAACACCUUCUCAUAUUAUGUGGUGCAACCUAAGUGAAAUAAACAGUGAA